AAACAACCCCGAGAGAACUGGAUUACCUCUGCCAUUUUAUGAAACAGGAAGACCAUAAAAAGCCCGCGUUUUGUAGGAAUGACACUGAUUUGUUUCUMUUGUUGAAAAUGGCCGAUGAAAUAGAAUCAAAUGGAAUACCCGAUAAAMGAGUUACAAGAUCUGCAGUUAAAGGGACAAGUAAGAAACCAACAACAAAAGAACAAAGACGUCCAGCAACAAGAAGCACUAAAAAAGCAACAAAUCAACAGAAUAACCAGAAAAAUGGUUCAAAGAAGUCAAUAAAGACAAAAUCUAAAAGGCCAGUCAGCAGGAGACUCAUACAAGAUGAUAACAAUAAUAACAUAGCUGAUUCUGAUGACAGUGAUGAACCUGAUGAUGAUAAUGAUUCUGAUUAUGAUGUUGAUGAAGAAGAGGAUGAUGAGGAAGAAAUCAAUUCUGACGAUCAUGAAAGUGAUGAGUAUAGUGGUGAAGAGAUGAUCACCCCAUUAGCAUUGACUGACAACGUUGGUGUCGCAGGGGAAGAUGUUUUUGGUUUUCAAACACCAAGAGGAAUUUCUGGCAGGUCUCUUGCUCAAGCAGCUUCAAAGGCAAUCCACACUAAGAAAAGUCUGUCGUCAAAUAAAUAUACCAAGAAAACCCCAGGGAGAAAGAGAGAACAAGAGAGACUUGAACAAAAUAAAGAAGAAAGUCAGCAAAAGAAACCUAGAAAAGCUAUCAAGACAUCUGACAAGAGCCAAGCACCACAUGCUACAAGACGUCAAGUUGUACUACAGUCUCCAGUGGACUCGGAUGAUGGGUCUAACAGUGAACACUCGUGUGAAAGUGAUGCUAGUGGUUUUGAAAACGAAGAUGAUUCAGCAGCAAAGAAUUAUAAGCAGGUUAUUGCAGAUUUACCAGAAGACUCUAGAAGUAUGGUAGAAGAAUACUUUGCAGUUCACCAUGACUCCAARUGUUUGACGUCUGACAGGACACUAGCUAGUCUUGCUACGCCAUUAAUGGAUCAUGAGGAAGUUUCUAAACAUCUUAAGCAAGUCUCUGCUACUCAUCCUAAAGAAAGCUUACAAUUCUAUACUGAUUACAGAAAAUAUUUUGCAAAGUGGAUGUUCCAAAUAAGGCAUGGUUUCAAUCUUAUGCUAUAUGGUUUAGGCUCUAAACGAGUUCUAAUAGACCAGUUUAGAUCAUCAAUGUUGCAAGGCUACACACAUCUGGUCGUAAAUGGAUACUUUCCAAGUAUAACAAUAAAAAAUAUUUUAAACAUGAUAACAGAGGAUGUACUGGGUUAUAAUGGAUCAUUUAAAAGCAUCAUUGACCAAACAACUUUUAUACAAGAAACAUACAAAAAGGGAAAAGCUUCAGGGGAACUCUAUCUGAUUAUUCAUAACAUUGAAGGAACAAUGCUUCGCUCCAAAAAGGCUCAAACAGUUCUAAGUCUUCUUGCUGAGAUACCYUUUGUACAUGUCAUUGCAAGUAUUGAUCACAUCAAUGCACCAUUAGUUUGGGACCAAUGCAUGUGUAGUCGGUUCAAGUUUCUAUGGUAUGAUGUUACCACAUUUGAGCCAUAYACAGAAGAGACUUCUUAUGAGAACUCCCUGAUGGUACAACAAUCUGGCUCUUURGCACUGAGCUCUAUGAAUCAUGUCAUGAGGAGUUUGACUAUCAAUGGACAGAGUAUCUUUCUUCUUAUUGUUAACAAUCAACUUCAAGAAAAGGACAACUCUUCUUACAUAGGAUACAGCAUCACAGAYCUGUAUUAUAAGUGCAGGGAGAAGUUCUUUGUGAAUAGUGAGCAGACAUUACGUGCACAGCUUACUGAAUUCAGAGAUCAUAAACUUAUUCGAUCAAAAAAGGGGGCAGACGGUGUUGAACAUCUAAUAAUACCACUGGAUGCAUCAACAUUACAACAAUUCUUAGAAGAACARCAAAGUACUAAAUAAUACUUUGACUUUAUAGUCUAAUAUAAUACUGACAUCAAUUUAAUGAGUAGAAAACAGUGUAUUCAGAUUGUUGCUAUUCACAUGUGUAAAAUAUUAUUUUUUCAUUAAACAGAUCAUUAUAUUUUAAAUGUCUUCUAAGACUAUGUACAGAUUUCUGAAGAUUAAAGAUAUAUUUUUCUGAGUAUGUAUGUAAAAAUCAAAGAUUAUUGAUAUUUUGAUUCCUAAUUGAUAUUGAUAUUUACCAGCCUUGAACUAUAGUUUACUUUUAAAGUCUGCCUGAUAACCUGAAUAAAAAAGAACAGUUGUUAGUAACA